CGAUUCUUCUAAUGUAUUCUUCAACUUGAGAACAUCUUUUCCUCUUAUUCGCGCUUCUUCUUCUUCGCUUGAUGCUGGAUUGAGUACCGAGUUGGAUGCUGUGUCUAGCUUCAGCGAAAUCGUUCCUGACACAGUCAUUUUCGACGAUUUCGAGAGGUUUCCUCCGACUGCUGCUACUGUUAGCUCAUCUCUCCUAUUGGGAAUUUGUAGCCUUCCUGAUACCAUAUUUAGAAAUGCUGUGGACAUGGCUUUGGCGGACUCUAGUUGUUGUAAGCUUGAAAACUCUGAGUUGAGACUGAACUGUUUCUUUAACAAGGCUUUGGUAAAUGUUGGUGGUGAUUUGGCAAAACUGGUUCCUGGUCGGGUUUCAACAGAGGUCGAUGCACGACUUGCUUAUGACACACAUGGAAUUAUUAGGAAGGUUCAUGACCUAUUGAAGUUGUACAAUGAAAUUGAUAUCCCUCUUGAGCGUUUGUUGUUUAAAAUUCCUACAACUUGGCAAGGAAUAGAGGCCUCGAGACUGCUGGAAUCUGAGGGCAUACAGACCCAUUUGACCUUUGUUUACAGCUUUGCUCAAGCUGCAGCUGCUGCACAAGCUGGUGCUUCUGUUAUUCAGAUUUUUGUUGGGCGCCUUAGGGAUUGGGCACGCAAUCAUUCUGGUGACCCCGAGAUAGAAGCUGCUCUUAAUAGGGGGGAGGAUCCUGGGUUAGCAUUGGUGACAAAAGCAUAUAAUUAUAUACACAAAUAUGGACACAAAUCAAAGUUGAUGGCAGCAGCAGUUCGAAACAAGCAGGAUUUAUUCAGUCUUCUGGGGGUUGACUAUAUCAUUGCACCAUUGAAAGUACUGCAGUCUCUCAAAGAAUCCGUCACUUCUCCUGAUGAGAAAUAUUCUUUUGUUAGGAGGCUAACCCCAGAGUCUGCUGCCAAGUACAAUUUUAGUGAAGAAGAGCUGACAAAGUGGGAUCAAUUGAGCCUCGCAUCAGCUAUGGGACCUGCUGCUGUGGAGCUUCUGGGAGGCGGACUAGAUGGAUAUGUAAACCAAGCAAAACGAGUGGAGGAGUUAUUUGGAAAGAUUUGGCCACCACCAAAUGUGUGAAUUGU